UCGGGAACGCCAGAUUUGCGGCUUGGUGUUUUGGUUUCUAAUUCCUUCCGGCACACGAUGGCACUAAAAACGUAUGGCGAUAAACCGAUCAGCUUUCAGGUGGAGGAGAAUGGCGAGUACUACUGCGUUGGGUCGGAGGUGGGCAAUUACUUGCGCCUGUUCCGGGGCAGUUUGUACAAGAAGUACCCCGGGAUGGCGCGCCGUUUGCUGACGAACGAGGAGCGCAAACGGCUGCUAGACUCGGGCAUCAGUAACCACUUGCUGUCCAGCUCGGUGUCGUUGCUGAAGGCGUCCGAAGUGCAGGACGUGCUCGAUGGCAACGAUGACAAGUAUAAGGCCGUCUCGGUGCACACAUCCGAGCCACCGGCACCGCGGGAGAGCAAGUCGAGCAAGAAGCAACCGCCCUGGGUUCCGACGAUGCCCAACUCGAGCCACCUGGACGCCGUUCCGCAGGCCACGCCGAUCAAUCGGAAUCGGGUGUACAACAAAAAGGUGCGCACCUUUCCGAUGUGCUUCGACGACACGGACCCGACGCUCAACGUGGAGAACGCCUCGCAGACGGAAAUCCUGGUGCCGAUACGGUUGGACAUGGAAAUCGAGGGCCAGAAGCUGCGGGACACGUUCACGUGGAAUCGCAACGAGUCCAUGAUAACGCCGGAGCAGUUUGCCGAGGUGCUGUGCGAUGACCUCGACCUCAACCCGACUCCGUUCGUGCCGGCCAUAGCGGCCGCCAUUCGGCAGCAGAUUGAAGCGUAUCCCAUCGAACCGGUCCUGCUGGAGGAAGGCUCGGACCAGCGGGUGCUGGUGAAGCUGAACAUACACGUCGGCAACACGUCCCUCGUCGAUCAGGUCGAGUGGGACAUGGCCGAGAAGGAGAACAACCCGGAGGAGUUUGCCAUCAAGCUGUGCGCGGAGCUCGGCCUGGGGGGAGAGUUCGUUACCGCCAUCUCGUACUCGAUCCGCGGGCAACUCUCGUGGCACCAGCGCACGUACGCGUACAGCGAAACCCCACUGGCCACGGUCGAGGUGCCGUUCCGUACACCGAGCGAAGCGGACCAAUGGGCACCGUUCCUCGAGACGCUCACCGAUGCCGAGAUGGAAAAGAAGAUCCGCGACCAGGACCGAAACACGCGGCGCAUGCGUCGUUUGGCCAACACUUUUACUUAGGCUU